ACGCCAAAAAUCACACACCCUCCUGUGCUCCUCUCUCUCUCUCUCUCUCUCUCUCUCUCUCCCGUCUCUUUCUCUCUCGUCUCCGGAUGCAUUAACACCGCCACCACAAUCGGCGCCACCUCUGUCACCCGAAAGAUUUGAAAUUGUCACUUUGUUAUGGAUUCAGUGAAAGCGACAGCAGAUUAUGCAGCAUUUGAAGAGAGGGUGAGGCGGACUGUUUAUGUUGACAACCUUUCGCCUCAAGUCAACGAAAGUAUUUUGAAAUCAGCAUUCGAUCAAUUUGGGAAUGUCUGCAAAGUUGAGUUUAUUCCAAACUAUGUAGAAGAAAGUAACAUGCCACGCUGUGCAUUGGUGGAGAUGGACUCUCCAGAGCUGGCCAAAGAACUUGUACAGGCAAUGAGUAAUCAACCCUUCAUGAUUUUUGGGAUGCCGAGGCCUGUUAGGGUAUGUGCUGCUGAAAUGGAGAUGUUUGAGGAUCGCCCACAGAAGCCUGGGACGAAGAUCACUUGCCAGUGGUUAGAGCCACAGAACCCUGAUUUCACCAUUGCGAAGAAGCUUAAGGAGUUGACAAGGAGACAUGCAGCUGAAGCCUCAUUCUUGCAUCAGUAUCAACUGGAAGAGGAAGAGAAUCUUGCAAAGCAACAGGCAGAGACCCUUGAGGCAAAUUAUAAGAAGUAUGAGCUCAUAGAAAAAGUCCUCAAGGAUGGCACAGCAAAAAGGUUGGGUCAUCGUUAUGGCAUCAACGAAUUCAAUGCUUGAGAGGAUCAUCUGCGGUAUCUCUCAUGAUCUGUCCUUUUGGCUCUGGGUGUCUUUGGGUUUCUGACCUUGUAGUGGAGCUGUGAAUAUAAUUGUGGUUUAGUACCCUUGUACUGGAUGUCUUACUGAUCUUGGGUCUCGAUCUUACGUAGGAGUUGAGGGUGAAACUGUAUAAGCUAUUGGGUAAACCCUGGAUUUUUUACUGAUCUUUGUAUAAAUCUGUCCUGCUUCCUGAUGCUUGCAAUCUCUAUUAUGAAAUGAAGCUGUUGCCUGCUGCCUGAAAA